AUGUGUCAUGGUGCUUCAUUGAAAAAAAUACAAAUUACGUUCGUCGCGCAGAAUUUUCUGUUGCUAAAUUUGUUGUAUAAGGCUGAAAUACUUGCACCGAAAUCACGCUUGACGCCUUUUACGAAAAUAUUGACUAUACUCAAUAAAAGCGCGUGCUUUUCUGCUUUUACGAACGUACGAGAACUCGCCACGGCUACAUCCGAUGUCACCAGCAACACUCUGAUAGAAAUAAACCCCGACCUUGUUGAUGUUGUUCGACGCCCAAAAGCUGGUGACUUUAAGCUUACAAAGCCAUUCUUGGGAAAAUAUAAGGACGCCAUACCUCCUUUUGGGUUCAACGGGCUUGGUGAAAUUGUAUAUCGGCGUAGUUAUUCCCGGUUAAAGAAAGACGGAGAGAAGGAACAGUGGUGGGAAACAGUGGAAAGGGUCGUCAAUGGGACAUUUAAUAUUCAGAAAAGAUGGCUUGAACAAAAUGAACUUUAUUGGGAUUCACAUCAAGCACAUUCAUCUGCACAAAAUAUGUAUGAUAAAAUCUUUAAUAUGAAAUUUUUGCCUCCCGGAAGAGGUUUAUGGGCAAUGGGGAGCCCUCUUACUGAAGAACGUGGUAUGUUUGCUGCGUUAAAUAAUUGUGCAUUCGUAAGUACAGAAAAUAUGUGGGAUGGUCGUAGAAGCCCUAGUACACCUUUUGCGUUUUUGAUGGAUGCAUCCAUGUUGGGGGUUGGUGUUGGAUUUGAUACAAAAGGUGCCGCUGCCGCAAAAGCUAAACAAAAUUUGGUCACACUACCAAAUAAGUCAAAGCCAGUGAAUAAAUAUGUGAUAGAAGAUUCUAGAGAAGGCUGGGUGAAAUCUGUUGGGAUGUUAAUUGACUCGUAUCUCGAGAAGAACGCCGCACCUUGUGAAUUUGAUUAUUCUCUUAUAAGAGCUGCCGGGCAGCCUAUAAAGGGCUUUGGUGGUGUAUCUUCUGGUUCUGGCCCAUUAAUCCACCUACACGAACGGAUUCGAGAAACCCUGGAAAAUCGUGUCGGUUUACCGUUAAGUGUCACUGGAAUUGUUGAUAUAAUGAACCUUAUUGGAAAAUGCGUAGUCAGUGGAAAUGUUCGAAGAACGGCAGAAAUUGCGUUUGGUGAUCCCUUGGAUAAUGAAUACAUUGAUCUAAAGAACUAUCUGGUGAAUCCACAUCGAAGUGAGUAUGGAUGGACAUCUAAUAACUCGGUGUUCGCGCCAUUAGGCUUAAAUUACGAAAAGAUAUGUGAUCGUGUGGUUAACAACGGAGAGCCAGGUUUUGCAUGGUUGGAAAAUGCACGAGCUUUCGGUCGAAUGGCCGAUCCACUGAAUUAUAAAGAUCGACGAGCCCAAGGUGGUAACCCUUGUCUAGAACAGACUCUCGAAUCUUACGAACUAUGUUGUCUCGUGGAAGUUUUUCCAUGCAAUCACACGACGCUUGACGAUUUUCUCGAGACGCUACAAAAUGCGUUCCUAUAUGCCAAAACUGUGACUUUGGCGAAAACUCACUGGCCGCAAAGUAACGCUGUUAUGUUGAGAAAUCGUAGGAUUGGGUGUGGAUUGAGUGGCGUUGCACAGUUUAUUAGUCAGCGAGGCCUCGAUGAAUUUAAACUUUGGUGCGAAAAGGGAUAUGCCCAUAUACAAGAAGUUGAUGAGACAAUCUCUGAAUGGUUUUGCAUACCCAAAUCCAUCAAAACGACGACCAUCAAACCGAGUGGAACCGUUUCGCUUUUAGCCGGAGAAUAUGUUACAUUAGCCACUCCUGGAAUGCACUAUCCGGAAUCACGAUAUUGUAUACGCCGUGUUCGCAUUUCGAAACAGUCAGAAUUAGUUGAACCCCUGUCAAAAUAUGGGUUUAAGGUGGAACAAGACGUCGUGGAACCAAACUCUCUUGUCGUCGAAUUCCCGAUAGAUCACGGCGAGGGAAUAAGAAGUUUAAGUGAAGUGAGCAUGUGGGAGCAGUUAAGUUUGGCAGCUUUUUUGCAAAAGUAUUGGUCCGAUAAUCAAUUCCAUGUUUUAUUGAAUUCAGGUGUUUCCUUUCUUCCACGGAUGCCACAUGGGGCAUAUCCGCAAAUGCCUAUUGAGGCAAUAACAGCAGAACAAUAUGAUGCAAUUCUUGCGUCUCUUCCUCCACAACCGACCCCACACUCGCCUAAACCUCCAAAAGCCACCUCGAUAACGGGCAAGAAGCACAAAUCAAUAAGACUGGAUUUCCGUGGUGUACAAUCCAAAGAUAAAUCGGAUCCGGAUAUGGAAAGAUUUUGUGAUACGACGAGUUGUGUGAUUGAUGCGAUCCCUAAAGGCAGAUUAAUAUCCGGCGCGGAAAAAGAAUGUCAAUAA